AUGCGCAGCCCCGGCUCCGCGCAGCUCGCUGGCGACUCGCUGCCGCGCAGGCCCGCGCUGGGCGCGGACGCCCGGGCCGGGAGAGGCCGGCGACGGCCCGGGGGAGGCGGCGCCCAGAGGCCCCGCGAGCGCGGGAGGGCGGUGAGCGCGGACGGCAGCGCGCUGACGUCAGGCGACGCCGUGGGAGCCGCGCGGGGCGGAGCACGUGACCGGCACCGCGUGCCACUGCGCGUGCUCCGCGUCCUCGAGGUCGGGCGUGCAAAGCCGUCGGGCGUGCAAGGCCCGCGCCCGCCCGCGCUGCCCGCGGGGCGCCCGGGGUUCUGGGGGCGCGAGCCGCCCACCCCGGCCCGGAGCCCGUCUCUCCCAGCUCGGAUCCACGGCGACCUGCAGGUUUACCAGAGAAGAAACGCGUCCCGGGCCCCGGGGUCGCUGCGCGCGCUCCCGGGGGCCGACCGACCAAAGCCGGGUCCGGAGAGCGAGGCGGCCCCGGCUCGGGAGGGCGCAGUGCACGAGCUCCGCUCCUCCCACGCCCCGGUGCAGUGCCGCCGGCCUCCACCGGGCGGCGCCCCAAGAGCGUGCUCCGCUCCUCCCACGCCCAGGGUGCAGUUCCGCCGGCUUCCACCGGGCGGCGCCCGAGCCCCGUGCUCUGCUCCUCCCACACCCAGGGUGCAGUUCCGCCGGCCUCCACCGGGCGGCGCCCGAGCCCCGUACGGGGCUCAGCUCCUCCCACGCCCAGGGUGCAGUGCCGUCGGCCUCCACCGGGCGGCGCCCCAAGAGCGUGCUCCGCUCCUCCCACGCCCAGGGUGCAGUUCCGCCGGCUUCCACCGGGCGGCGCCCGAGCCCCCGUGCUCCGCUCCUCCCACACCCAGGGUGCAGUUCCGCCGGCCUCCACCGGGCGGCGCCCGAGCCCCGUGCUCAGCUCCUCCCACGCCCAGGGUGCAGUUCCGCAGGCCUCCACCGGGCGGCGCCCCAAGAGCGUGCUCCGCUCCUCCCACGCCCUGGGUGCAGUGCCGCCGGCCUCCACCGGGCAGCGCCCGAGCCCCGUGCUCUGCUCCUCCCACACCCAGGGUUCAGUUCCGUCAGCCUCCACCAGGCGGCGUCCCAAGCGCAUUCUCCACUCCUCCCACGCCCGGGGUGCAGUGCCACCGGCCUCCACUGGGCGGUGCCCCAAGAGUGUGCUCCGCCCCUCCCAUGCCCAGGGUGCAGUUCCGCCGGCCUCCACCGGGUGGCGCCCCGGGCGCGUGCUCCACUCUUCCCAUGCCCGGGGUGCAGUUCCGCCGGCCUCCACCAGGCGGUGCCCCAAGCACAUUCUCCACUCCUCCCACGCCCGGGGUGCAGUUCCUCCGGCCUCCACCAGGCGGCGCCCGAGCCCCGUGCUCCGCUCCUCCCACACCCAGGGUGCAGUGCCGUCGGCCUCCACCAGGCGGCGCCCGAGCCCCGUGCUCUGCUCCUCCCACACCCAGGGUGCAGUUCCGCAGGCCUCCACCGGGCGGCGCCCCAAGAGCGUGCUCCGCUCCUCCCACGCCCAGGGUUCAGUUCCGUCAGCCUCCACCAGGCGGCGCCCCAAGCGCAUUCUCCACUCCUCCCACGCCCGGGGUGCAGUUCCGCCGGCCUCCACUGGGCGGUGCCCCAAGAGUGUGCUCCGCCCCUCCCAUGCCCAGGGUGCAGUUCCGCCGGCCUCCACCGGGGUGCAGUUCCGUCGGCCUCCACCGGGUGGCGCCCCGGGCACUGCUCAGCGCAGGGACCUGGCGGACGCACCUGCGAGCCCAGGGCCGCUGGUGCUCAGGGCUCCCUGGCCCGGGACUCCACGCGCUCCCGGAUGGCCCUGCCUCCCGGCCCCGCCUCACGCUCAGCUGGGAUGGUGAGCUGACCCCGGUCAGGACCCCGUCCCCGCGUCCCCACGUCCCCGCGUCCCCGCGUCCCCGCAUCCUUACCGGCUCUCACUUCGCCCACUGUGUCAAGAGAGGAUUCUGGAUCCGGAGACGCCCAGGCCACAUUGAUUCCUGCAAUCAGGUGCCCGACUCUCCGGAUCCGCACCCAGAACGGUGGAACCCCCUGGCCCUGCACAUCAGGGAUCAGGGCCACAUGAUGGCCCCCAAACACGGGGACAGCCACACGGCUCCAGAGUCAAUGGAAGAGCAGCCGUCGCGUCUGGAGCUUCAGACGCCACCUCGUGACCGGCAGGUACGAGCCUCCGGAAAGGCCUCGCUGUCCCCAACUGCCCCAAAGGUGCAGUUGCCCGCCUUGGCACGUCUGCCGAGGAACCGAAGCGAAGCGCUCAUUGUUUCAGCCGCCGCGCGUCGGAUUUCCCGGUGCCUGCCCCGCCCCACGUGGCGGAGGAGCCCAGCGGGCACCGGGACACCCCGUGCUCCCUCGAGACACCCCGGCCGCUCCACAGGGGCCCGAGCUCAGCAAACACGCAUCGCGAAGCCCACUCGCUCCUCUCCCGGGGGAGCCACCUUUACCCUAGAAAAGAGCCUGAAGCAGAUGCUAGGAGCGGACGUCCCGAGUUCCCAGGACCACGGGGUCCUCCUCCCACCCGCCCCUGGGCGAAAGCUUUGA